AUGAAAGAUCUACGGGUUAUAGUUGUUGGAGCCGGCAUAGGCGGCCUUUCUUCGGCGCUGGCUCUCGCCAUGGACGGCCACAAGGUCACUGUGCUAGAAGGGGUCAAGGAAUUUCUCGAGGUUGGUGCCGGGAUCCGCGUGCCCCCAAACUCGUCACGCCUGAGCCGGAGCUGGGGCGUUGAUUUUGGCAAGAUCAAGAAGCAACAGGCCGGUGGGAUUCGCUUCCUGGACUGGACCGGCAGGGUGAUCAAGGAUGUUCCCUACGACGACGUCGAGGCCAAGUACGGCGCGCCGUACUAUUUCAUCCACCGGGCCGACCUGAUCAAUCUACUCGUCGACACGGCGUCUCAGCGGGAGAACAUCACCCUGAGAAUGAACAGCCGAGUCAAGGAGUACGACUUUGACGCCCCCGCAGUGAUCCUGGCAUCGGGCGAGAGACUCACAGCGGACCUGGUGAUCUGUGCCGACGGCAUCAAGUCCGCGGUCAGGAACACCAUCAACGGUGCGCCCAUCGAGCCCCAAGACACCGGCGACGUCGCGUACCGAGUGCUGGUGCCCGCCGAGCCGCUGAAAAACGACCCGGAAACGCGCCACCUGUUCGACGACGCGUGGGCGAUGCACUGGCUCGGCCCCGAAGCACACGCGGUUGGCUACCCGUUGCGGGACGGGGAGCUGUACAACAUCAUCAUCGACAUCACGCACGCGACGGACGUGGGCAAGCCCAUCGGCGACGAAGAGUGGCGGUCCCAGGCCGACAACACCGAGCUGGUGAAGCGCUUCGCUGACUGGUGCGCCCCCGUCCGCAAGCUCUGCGGCCUCACGGGCUCGUAUCUCAAGUGGAAGCUGGCCGACUUUGACCACCUGCAACGCUGGGUGCACCCGAGCGGGAAGGUCGCCAUCCUCGGCGACGCCUGCCAUCCCAUGAUGCCUUAUAUGGCGCAGGGCGCCGCGCAGGCGACGGAAGACGCCGCCACCUUGCAAGCUGCCCUGCGCGAGUACGACGACCUCCACGCGGCGCUCAAGGCGUACGAGAGGCAAAGACUGCCGCGGGCCACGCACGUGGCCAAGAACACGCGGAUCCUGCAGUCCUGGUGGCACCUCUACGACGGGCCCGACAAGGACCGGCGGGACGAACUGAUGCAACACGACAACCUCGAGAAUCCCAUGUUCUGGGCCAACUCCAGGAGGAAGGACUGGCUGUUCGGACACGACGCGCUGAGACUCCAGACGGAAGACGAAAUGAGGCCACCGCCGGCGGCUCCGGCGGCUCCCCAGGGCGCGAGUGUGUACAAUGGAGAGAUCACGGACACGGAGCUUCGAAGAAAGUUUAGAGCCUUGCGCGAGCGCAGUUAG